AUGGCGAGCGGGCUGGUUUUAAAUGACGAACUCUCAAAACUUUUCAACCAACUAUGGGAUGCUGACCUGAACCGUUUUGGGCCUGGUAGAGACUAUGCCAUCUCCCUGCAGGGGAAGGCUGACUUUGUCCCCCAAGGGAUCAACAAGGCCCCUGACCAUGCUUCCCAGACUCUCUUCCUCUGGGUGAAUGAGGGCCGGUUGCAAAGCACUAAGACCUUUGCAGCUUUUAUCUCCCUUCUGGAUAACUACGAGACGUCCACAGGGGUAGCAGAAAAAGUGACUCUGGAGGAAGAAAUCGAGAACAACCGAUUCUUGGAUGCCAUCUUGGAGACAGAAGUGAUGAAGCUCGCCCAUCAGUAUCUGGUGAGGAAAAACUUGUCCAAGCCCAACCAGAGGGAUUUCAAGGCUCAGCUCUACGGCAUCUGGUUCCAGCUGUACACUCGGGAUGGACGCCAGGGGCCUGAUUCUUGUGGUUUUGAACAUGUGUUUGUGGGUGAGACCCGACGAGGCCGGGACAUCCUGGGCUUCCAUAACUGGGUCCAGUUCUACCUGCAGGAGAAGCGGGGCAAUAUCGAUUACAAGGGCUACGUGGCCAGGCAGCGCAAGAGCCGGCCUGAUGAAGAUGACCAGGUGUUGAACCUUCAGUUCAGCUGGAAGGGUUUGGUGAAACCUGUGGGCAGCACCUUCCUGGGUGUGAGCCCCGAGUUCGAAUUUGCCCUCUUCACCAUUGUGUUCCUGCAGUCCCGGGAGAAGGUCACUCGGGUGCUUGUCCACAUCGAGGAGUAUGAGCUGCAACUUGUGGUCUAUCGCCAUGGCUGCCAUAUUGGUUCUGCCUACCCCAUCCUGGUUAGCAGCAACAAUGAGGACCUGCACUGAAACUCACCCCAGCCGGGUAAUCGUUAGGCUUAGGAUACAGAGAGGAACAGAGGCUGUUAUCUCGUAGGGUAGAAAUGGGGUUCCACUGCUUGGGAAUAAGAGUCCCGGGCUCUGCCUCUACUUUGGGUCACCUGAGAUAAGUUAGUGCUUCCUGGUCAGGGCCUGCUCUUCACCGUAAAAAGUGAACUCUUCUUCCUCUCAGCACUGAAAAUGUUUGUUCUAACUGUGAAUGUCCUAGUUCUUGGCAAUACAAUGCAGAGACUCAUGAUGAAAAAUACUAUCUGCCCUCCUAAAAGGCCUAUAGACAGGAGGUCCUGGGUUCAAAUCUGGC